UCUCAGCUGCUCGUCUAUCCCUAAAGAAGCCGAAAUCAUGAAUGGUAGUAUGUCUUCCUGUUUAUUACCUCCCGUAAAAACCGAAAAGCAGAUUUUUGAAAAUUCCAUGCCAGAAGAUGAUCCAAACUGCAAUUCUGAUGUGAUAAAAGAGGAUUUUAAACAGGAAGAUUUCUCCAAACCACGCUGGGGCCCGAACCAUGCUGGAGCUAAAGAACUCGCUAGUCUUUACACUAGAGGGAAAAGAAUACAAGAAAUAAUAUCUGUGUUUCUGUGCCUUGCUCUUAUGGCAAUCAACUUUGCCCAUUUAGUAUAUUUUUUCCAACCCAGUCAGUGGAGUUCCAUUCUCAUAUCUGCAUUGUGUGGUGUGAUAUUAGCAGAUUUUUUAAGUGGUUUAGUUCAUUGGGGUGCUGAUACUUGGGGUUCAGUUGAUGUGCCUAUCAUUGGAAAAGCUUUCAUUCGUCCAUUUCGUGAACAUCACAUUGAUCCCACAGCCAUUACACGCCAUGAUUUUAUUGAAACCAAUGGUGAUAACUUCAUGGUUACAGUACCUUUUCUAGGAUACAUGGCUUAUCAGUUCCUUUCUUAUCCUUUGGAGAAAAUUCUUCCUAUUUAUCAUUGGAAUUGCUUUGUGUUUCUGUUAGGUAUUUUUGUAGCUAUGACAAAUCAGAUCCAUAAAUGGUCACAUACUUAUUUUGGAAUCCCAUAUUGGGUCACCCUUCUCCAAGAUUUCCAUGUCAUUUUGCCACGAAGACAUCAUCGUAUCCAUCAUGUCGCACCACACGAGACUUACUUUUGCAUAACCACUGGCUGGCUAAAUUAUCCUUUAGAAAAACUAAAUUUUUGGCCAGCUUUAGAAUGGGUGAUAGAAUAUGUCUUCAGCUGCAAGCCUAGGACUGAUGAUUUAAAAUGGGCUCAACGGAAAGAUUAG